AUGCCAGGGGAAGGAGAAAAAUCAGAGCAGCAAUCCUCGAAGGUAGUUGCUAAAGGAAAUAACAUGAACAACACCGCUACUCAAGAAAGUCCAGCUCCAAUCCAGCAAGCCAUGAGUACGACAAUCGGCACCUUGCCUGAGUUUAAUAGUACAAAGUACAAAUGGGAGGAGUACUUGGAGCGAUGUGGGUAUUUUUUCAACGCUAACAAAAUUACCGAGGAGGAUAUGAAGAAGAAUACGCUACAAAUGGCGGUAGGUUCUAAAUCAUUCGACAUAAUUAAGAAUCUAAUGGCCCCAGAGCAACUCAAAGACGCAAUAUACACGUCAAUAACAGAAAAAUGCAACAAAGCAUUCUGCAAACCAGUCAAUGAGCUACUAGCUCGUGUUCGCUUCCAGAAACGCGACCAAAAGGCUGGAGAAACUCUCGAUAAUUUCGUCACAGCCCUACGAAAGCUAGCAGCGGACUGUAAAUUCGGUGGAGAUAAGGAAAGUCUACCACUCAGCGUCAUGCUCCGAGACAGGUUCGUGACAGGUCUAGCAGACCACGAGCUUCAGAGGUACUUGUGCCGAAGGCACGAAGAGUACGUAUCUCCAACGAACAAAAUUGGCAUAACAAUUGACAGAGCCCUAGAAAUUGCACGCAGCAUCGAGGGGACAGAGAAUCAACAAAAAAUGUUAAAAAACGCCGAGGCUCCAGCAAAUGCCACCUGCAAAUUCUGCCAAAAGACAGGUCACAUCGAAUCAGCCUGCUUUGGAAAGAAAAGUGCAGAGAAAAAUAAAAAAAAGUCCUCGACACAUCACACAACUCAAGUAGAUUCAGACUCCGAUAAAGCCACAGUGUAUGCUGCUAGAAGCAGUAACAUAUAUCACACAUCAAGAGCUGAAUUCAAAAUCAAGGUAAAAAUAAACAAUAUAAAAGUAGACAUGGAGAUCCAUAAUGGGGCAGACGAAACCCUGAUCAACAUCUCACCUUUCAAUAAAAUUUGGAAAGACACUGAGCCACAAUGGACAAAACAUCAAUCGAAUCUGAGAGCAUGGCGAAACAGACCCAUCAAGACAAAAGGCACAGCCAUAGUCGACGUGCAAUACAAAGGAAUUAAGAAGAAAUUACCACUGGUAAUCACCGACGAAGACAAGGGACCAAACCUCUUCGGCAACAACUGGUUUGAACCAUUUGGUAUUAAAAUAACUGGAAUACAACAAGUUGAAGCUAAGACUGAGUACCAGCAGCUACUGGAAGAGUACCCUGGACUCCUUAAAAAGGAGCUCUCCGGACACAAAGGUACCCCAAUUCACAUCGAGUUAAAAAAGGACUCCUCUCCUAAAUUCUUCAAAGCUUGA